ACUAUUGCUAAAAUAUAAAGAGCUUUAUGAAUCUUCCAAAACUUUCCAAAACUACCCUUCACAUUAUCAAUAUUUGCGAAUCUACCUCCGUUAUCCAACACGUUUUAAAACACGAAGCCUCUCUCCAGCUUUCAACUAUCCUCCGAAAUCAAAAUGGCGGCAACGCUUAAACUCCUAUCGACGGCGCUGCUUUUGCUUACGUGCGCCGUUGGCGUAGCUCUCUCCGCUCAACGCUGCCCGAACUGCGGCUCCACCACCGUGCCUUACCCUCUCUCAACUGGCCCCGCCUGCGGCGACCAGUCCUACAAAAUCCGGUGCGAUGCUGGAUCGCUGAUCUUCGACACGCUCAACAACUCCUAUCCGAUCAUGUCCGUGAAUCAUUUCAAUCAACGGCUCGUGAUCGAGCCGGCGAGUCUCCUCCCGAAUACAUGCGUCACAACCGAUCUCCCCUUCGAAGGCGUCCAGCUUAACAGCACUCUCCCUUUCAACGUCACCAGCAGUAACACCAUCAUGUUCUUGAACUGUACGGAUUCGGUCCUUCGUUCGCCGUUGGACUGUUCGUCCACCGGAUUGUGCCAUGUGUACGUCAACGACAGUUCGAACGCGACGGCGUGUGAGGUAGCGCCGAUAUGUUGUACGUUCAGAGCCGGCGGAGGAGCGACGGCGCAUGCCAUUAGGGUGAGGGAGAGCGGGUGUAGGGCUUACACGAGCUUUGUUAGUUUGGAUGCAGGGUUGCCGGUGAACCAGUGGCCCCAACCGGGCAUGGAGUUGCAGUGGAUUUCUCCGCCCGAGCCGGUUUGCAGCGCCCAGGGAGAUUGCGAUGGGAACUCCACGUGUGGACCCGAUCCGAAUUCCAAUGGGAUCCAAAGGUGCUUCUGUAAUUCGGGGCUUUGGUGGGAUCCGAUUGAAGGGAUUUGUGCCGAGAAUAGUACGUGUCAGAAUCCUGGGGGCUGUGGCGGCUCAGACCGGACUGCUUUAAUCGCGGGUUUAACAGCCGGACUUGGUACAGCACUCUUUGCAGCCAUCAUCGGCAUGCUUGUCUACAAACGCCACAGGCGCAUCUUAGAUGCUCAAGAACGCCUGAGGAAGGAGCGUGAAGAGAUCCUAAACGCGAACAAUGCAGGCAGAGCAGCCAAGGUGUUCACUGGCAAAGAGAUAAAGAAAGCUACAAAUAAUUUCUCUAGAGACCGCAUAUUAGGAGCUGGUGGGUAUGGUGAUGUCUACAAAGGAAUUCUUGAUGAUGGCACUGUUGUUGCUGUCAAGUGUGCCAAGCUUGGCAACGCCAAGGGCACUGACCAAGUCCUCAAUGAAGUACGGAUUCUAUGCCAAGUCAAUCACCGAAGCCUUGUCCGCCUGCUUGGUUGCUGUGUUGAAUUGGAGCAGCCUAUAUUGGUUUAUGAGUACAUAGAAAAUGGGAAUCUGUUGGAUCAUUUACAGAGCCUGAGUCAUGGUGAGAGAGGGCUUCUCACUUGGACCCGCCGUCUCCAAAUUGCUUGUGAUACUGCCGACGGUCUUGCAUACCUGCACUCCUCUGCUGUUCCUCCAAUAUAUCACAGAGAUGUUAAGUCUAGUAACAUCCUACUCGAUGUGAAUUUGAAUGCUAAAGUUUCAGACUUCGGGUUAUCCAGGCUGGCUCAUACAGACAUGAGUCACGUCUCAACUUGUGCUCAAGGCACCCUUGGAUAUCUUGAUCCUGAGUAUUACAGAAACUAUCAGUUGACCGACAAGAGUGACGUUUACAGCUUUGGGGUGGUUUUGUUAGAGCUUCUAACUUCACAGAAGGCGAUAGACUUUAACAGGGAUGCAGACGAUGUAAACCUGGCAGUCUACGUGAAGAGGAUGGCAGAUGAGGAGAAACUGGUCGAUGUCAUUGAUCCAAUGUUAAGAGAGAAAUCAAGCCCCAUCGAGGUAGACACCAUGAAAGCAUUAGGAUUUCUUGCAUUGAACUGCCUGGAAGAGCGUAGACAGAACAGGCCUUCAAUGAAAGAAGUCACAGAGGAAAUCGAGUACAUAAUCUGUAUUGCAAACGGUAAAGUUGUUGAAACUUAAGUUUUUUACAGAAUUGGCAAAGACAUAGCAAAUAACUGUUGUCUGAUGCUUUGAGUUUCUGUGUUUUACGGUUUUAUGCUGUUGUAAUAACAAGUUUGUAUAUUGCUGUUGCUUUGGAUUA